ACCCGGUGGAGUGAAUUACCUCCUGCUCGGUGAAAUAAACCCCCGCGCUGACCGUAAAUCACCAGUUUAACCCGGAGAGACUGAGAGGGAGAGUUAUUACCGUCAGGAAACACCGUUUUCCUGGAGAAUAUUAACGGGAAAAGCUCAUUUUAACCUGGAGUUGGAGUUUAAACCCUUCAACGGGUUGGUUUUAAUGAAGAUUUACCUGGAAAAUAACAUUUCUAUUCAACAUUCCUAAAGGGUUCAGCUGACUCCCAGAGAAAGCCUAUGGAUGAUACGCUCACUGUAUAGCCACAUCCUCAACAACAUACCUCCCCCUCCUCCUCCUCCUCCUCUUCCUCGGCCUCCUGCAGGUCUUGAAAUCGAGCCAUGCAGCAUUGAUUUUUUAUUCUUCCUCCCCUCACCGCAAAACCAAAACGCACACGGGCAUCUCAUCUCUUCUGGUUCGUCAGUUCUGUUGCCUGAAAUGUAAGACGUGCAGCAGAGUCGGUGUUCUACCUCGAUGUAGAAAAGCUGAAGGACGAUUUUUUUCGAGAGCGGCGGGGGGGUUCAGAGGUGAGGAUUCUCAGAAAUAUACCUGCCGGACCGACUGGAGGAUUGACAGGCUGAGAGUGGGAUGAUUCGGGACGAUCAGAUGCACAAAGACGUCUCUUUUUCUCUUUGAAUCCCCAGCUGGAGAAAGACAUUAACAUAAAUGAAUAUUUUUCUGAUGCAAAACCAGUUUCUGACACGCACCUGGAGGACAGUUCUUUUGACAGACUGAGAGUGGGAACAUUUGGGACAUUCAAAUACAAAAACACCCCUGUUUUUUACCUUGAAUUGUUGCUAUCUGGAGCUUAGCUAUAUAAUACAUAUUUUUCUGACCUUACACCCUGGAAAUCUGGGACUAUCGAACACCAAACCGUCUCCUUUUCAGUCCGAAUCGUCUACAAUCUGGAUAAAGGCCUCCUUAAUUAGUUUAUUUCCAAUAACAACCUGUUCUGAUACCUGUUUUUCUCGUAAAGUCAUCCGGACAAAGCCUUCAGCCUAAAUGAAUCUGUUUCUUGGAGGCAUUUCUCUGCUGCUGGACUCACUUUUUUAGCAAAAUGGGGCUAAACGACAGCAGCCCGGGCGCCAUGAGGAAUGGCCGCGGCCUCUCGGACCAGUGGGCGGAGACGGUGGUGGUCCGCCCUCGAACCACCGAACGCCACAUCACGGUGCACAAGCGCCUCGUGUUGGGCUUUGCUCUCAGCAUCCUCACCCUCAUCAUCGUCACGGCGGUGGCCGUCGUGCUCAGCGUCCGAUUCGAGGACUGCGGGAGUCGGGAUGUUACGACGGGGGAAUCGGGCUCCCGAGGGUCCGCCAAACUGAACGGAAGUAGAGGGGAAAGAGGGGACGAGGAAGGGGUUCAGCCGUGGAGAAACCUGAGGCUGCCGGGAACGCUGAGGCCGCGGCAUUACGACCUGAGGAUCGGCGUCUACAUGGACAACUUCACCUUCUCCGGGGAGGUCAGCAUCGAGCUGGAGUGCAUCAACGCCACCAGGUUCAUCGUGCUGCACACCGACCGCCUGGAGGUGGACCGGGUGUCUGUCACGUCGGAGGGAGGCGCCGGCGGUCGCCCAGCCAACAGACCAGGGGGCGGAGUCAUGCGCAUCCACCGCCACUUCCCCCAUCCGACCAAUCAGAUGCAUGUGGUCGUCCUGCACCGCGAGCUCAAGCCACUCCGAGUGUACCGGCUCAACGUGAGCUUCGACGCCGCCAUCGAGGACGAGCUGCUCGGCUUCUUCAGGAGCUCCUACACACUGCACCGGGAGAAACGCUUCCUGGCGGUGACCCAGUUCAGUCCGAUCCAUGCCCGGAAGGCGUUCCCGUGUUUCGACGAGCCGGUGUACAAAGCCACGUUCUCCGUGACGCUGCGGCACGACCCCCAGUACACGGCGCUGUCCAACAUGCCGGUGGACAGCAGCGCGCUGGAGGAGGACGGCUGGAUCACCACCAGGUUCGCCCGGACGCCGCGUAUGUCCACGUACUACCUGGCCUGGGCCGUGUGCAACUUCACCUUCAGGGAGACCACCAGCGACGCCGGGGUCACGAUCCGUCUCUACGCUCGGCCAGAUGCCAUUUCCAGCGGCGCCGGGGACUACGCUCUGCACAUCACCAAGAGGCUUCUGGGAUUUUACCAGGACUACUUCAAAGUUCAGUACUCACUGCCCAAGCUAGAUCUGUUGGCGGUACCCAAACAUCCGUACGCCGCCAUGGAGAACUGGGGCCUGAGCGUCUUCGUGGAGCAGAAGAUCCUAUUGGACGCCGAGGUGUCGUCCUCGUCCUAUCAGAUGGAGCUCACCAUGGUAGUCGUCCACGAGAUUUGCCACCAGUGGUUCGGUGACCUGGUGACUCCGGUGUGGUGGGAGGACGUCUGGCUGAAGGAAGGGUUCGCUCAUUACUUCGAGUACGUCGGCACCGACUUCCUCUUCCCAAAGUGGAACAUGGAGAAACAGCGCUUCCUCACGGAUGUCCUCCAUGAGGUGAUGCUAUUGGACGGCCUGAACUCCUCCCACCCGAUCUCCCAGGAGGUGGAGCAGGCGACCGACAUCGACCGGGUCUUUGACUGGAUCGCGUACAAAAAAGGGGCGGCGUUGAUCCGGAUGCUGGCUAACGUGAUGGGACAGACGCUGUUCCAGAGAGGACUCAACGAUUAUCUGCUGAGUCACAUGUACGGAAACGCAGCCAGAGACGACCUGUGGAGCAAACUGUCUCAGGCCAUGCGUUCAGAGGGUCUGGAAAUCGACAUUCGACGGAUGAUGGACAGGUGGACUCUACAGAUGGGAUACCCCGUCGUGACCAUCAGCAAGAACCAAUCAGAGCAGCUGCCCACGCAUUACAUCACCGUCAACCAGGAGCACUUCCUGUACGGACAGGAAGUCAAGAGCAACAACAGUUUGCGGUGGCAGAUCCCGCUGACGGUCGCCGUGGGAAAUGCGUCCAGUGUUUGUUCAGAGAGCCUCCUUUGGAUCAACAACAGGACAGAAACCCACAGGAUUGGUCAGAUGGACGACAGCACCUGGUUACUGGGAAACAUCAACCAAACCGGGUACUUCCGUGUGAACUACGACCUCGCUAACUGGAAACUGCUGAUUCAACAGCUGCACAACAACCCUCAAAUCAUAUCCGUUGGAAACAGGGCCGGACUUAUUGAUGAUGCCUUCAACCUGGCGAGGGCGGGGUACCUACCUCAGGGCGUUCCCAUGCAGCUGAUUGGUUACUUACCAGAGGAGCCGUCCUUCCUGCCGUGGCACGCCGCCAGCCGGGCGCUCUACCAGCUGGACAAACUGCUGGACCGCACCGACGAAUACAGCCUGUUCAGCGACUACGUGUUGAAGCAGGUUGCGUCACGGUAUCAUCGCAUGGGUUGGCCGACUAACGUUCCCGGCAGCGAAGGCAACGUUCUGCAGGCGUCCUACCAGACUGAGGAGCUACAGAGGGAGCUAAUCAUGUUAGCAUGUAGCUUCGGGAACAAACAGUGCCACCGUCAGGCCGUCGCUUACAUCUCCGACUGGAUCUCCAGCAACAAGAACAGGAUUCCUCCGAACAUCAGGGACAUUGUGUACUGCACCGGGGUCAGCCUGAUGGACGAGGACGUCUGGGAGUUUAUCUGGAUGAAGUUCCACUCGACCAGCGCCGUUUCAGAGAAGAAGAUCCUCCUGGAGGCUCUGACCUGCUCCGACAACACCUUCCUGCUCAACAGGUUACUGAACCUCUCUCUGAGCUCUGACCUGGUCCCGGAGCAGGACGUGAUCGACGUCAUCAUCCACGUGGGCAGAAACCCGCAGGGUCGAAACCUCGCCUGGAAGUAUUUCAGGGAAAAGUGGGACAUCCUCAACGCACGCUAUGGUGAAGCGUUGUUCAUGAACUCGAAGCUCAUCGGCGGAGUCACAGAGUUCCUGAACACGGAGAAAGAAUUCAAUGAGUUAAAGGAGUUCAUCCAGGCCAAUAACCUGGGGGCGGGGCCUGCGAUGCCGCGGGCCCUGGAGAUCGUGGAGGGAAACGUCCGCUGGCACCGCCUCCACCGGCGGAAUUUCUUCCAGUGGCUUCGCAAACCUCCGAACUCUUCCCUCGGCUAACGCUUCACCGGCUAGCUAGAGUGAAGCGACUGCUAACUCACUGUUAGCGCACUGCUAGCUUACAGACGCAGUCAGAUAGAAAUACUGGACGAAGAGAGACGUCGACUUGACUGGCUGUCCAGCUGGAUUUGUUUUAAAGAAAAACGUUUUAUUUCUGAUGGAUGAUUUGAUUUUUCAAAAGCUGCUAGCUAGUUAGCAAUCACUGGUUCAGUUAUUGCUAGCUGGCAAUAAGCCUUCAAACCCCCCGAGACUUAAGUGGAACACAGAGAGAGGAAUCUGCUGUCAGACUAACGACUAUAAGUCCUGAAUUUACAGUUUAACAAACUUCUAAUAUUACAAAUCAAACAUUGUAUAGUAGCCUAGACUGAAAUAACAACCUGUUGUAAAGACCCACACUUAACACAUUUUGACUUCCAACCCCUAAAUCGCCAAUUCAUAACAGAUAUGAUGAGAAAACUGGCCAAACUGGAUACCAGUAGUUGAUCACAAUGGUUGGUACUGUUGCCGAUUGACUUAAAAACCAAUUCAUUUUGACAUACAUGAAGGUUAGAAGUAUGAAAUGAUGUUCCUUCAGCUGAAACCGAUGUUGAUAUUGUCCUGAAAUCCACCCAAAUGCACGCGGGACAACGCUAUUUUCUUUAAGUAACGAGCUCAUCUCGAUCAUAUCCGUUUAGUGCAUUUUGAUUGGCUCACUUAAGAUGAGGCUUGUGUUUAAUUCUGCUAAAUUUGGCUCUAAUCCAGAUUCAUCACCAACCAGAGACCCGAACGGUAGGAAUCCGACCUUCCUGUGUGAGCCGCGUUAAACGGACUGACAUUAAAAGGCAGAUUAAGCAGCCGUCAGCUGCAUGUCGAUCACUGAACAAAGAUCUAAUUAGCGCAACAUGGACUCUGUGUCCUCUGAUCACAGCACUCAGUGGACUCAUUUAGGCUCAUUAACUCCCCUGCAGACUGCUUUAAUUUAAAGAGCAGAUUUGGGUUUUUUCAGCAUCAAAAACUCCCAACAGUUUGAAAAAUAUCAGCAGGUUUGGUUAGCUUUGUUUUCACCCUGCUUUAUAAAAUGUACUUUGAAUAUAGAAGCUCACAGAGAGCGCUGCAGCGGUGAUGGUGUGCAAUUAAAAAAAAGCUUAAAUUGACAAUUAGUUAUCAAGGGUAAACAGCCAAAUGAAAAAUGAACCUGACAAUAAUUAGACAUUUUGUCUAAGAAACUUUUACGGUCAAAAAACGGACAGAUGUUUUGGUUUCCAGUUUAUUUUCUGCUUUGUGUCAGAAAUGGCUUUUCCUUUGAAGUUGUACAUUUGUUGUCCACUGCUGCUGAAAUUCAAAGCCCUGAAUUCUGUAACAUUUUGGACACUAAAGUCCCGAUUUCAUGGCAAGUAGAUAUUUUACAUUUGCAAUUCAGACAAAUGGAAGUAAGUUGAAGGCAGUAAAACCCAAUGAGGGAAGUUUAAAAAGUUUGCCCAAACCUGUCAGCCAAAGAACGUGUUCAUUAUUUAGUGUAAAACCUGACAGGAACUCUUAAGAGAGACUAAUUGGAUUUUUAAAAAAGCAGAGGAUCCGACUGUGGACAACCGAGGGAUGUCGGGGGUUUUUAAAACUGACUGCAACUUUUGGAGCUGACCAGAUAGAAGCUCAGCAGAUCUCUGUGGUUCCACUAAGCACAAAACCAUACUGGGACAAAGCACAAACUCAAGUCCUAACCAGUCAACGGUUAGCUUUCAAUCAAGCCUUUCUUUUUGUUGUCUCCAGACGGACAAAGACAUUAGUGGAGGAGGGUUAAAGUGGGGGGAGGACCAGACAGUUGAGAUCUGGUUUGAGUUGAGUGUCUUGUUAUGCAGAUGAUGUGAUGUUUUACAUGACAGAUUCAAGCCGAUCCUCAGUGGACUUUACGACUUGUGUGACCGAACGGAUUCUGAAGAGCAAUGGAUUUUGUCUUAUUGAGGGAUUGAUGUUUGAAAUGCAAAGCCUGACGAACCUUUCGAUGCUUUGAGUUCUCGCUCUGACGGAGACUUCAACGGACAAUACUACGAUAGGAAGAAUACUACGGCUUCUUUGGCGAGUCGGUGCGAUAGAUGGCGCAACAACUCUUAAAGUUUCUUAAAGGUUUUACGGACUUCAUGACUGAUAACUCCACAAUUGGACGGGAUAACGUUGACGUGGAGUGCUAAAGGUGCAAUGCAAAGUUUGACGGAUGGUACAGUACUAUGGAUUCUGCAGUGUGAAAACGAUGGAUUUUCCAGAGUUUGGAUACCUUCCUUACCUUUUACAUUUGAGGAUUCUAACGUUGGACUUGAACUGUGGAUUCUUGGAAGCAAUGAGCAAAAAAAUGCGACCUUUCGGGGUCCAACUCCCAAAGUCCUGACACAUCUUCGCAGAGUUUUUUGAGGAAAAGGAAUUGAAAUGAAUGAAAGGUAUCGUGCGUUGAACCUCCGUCCCGUUGAACCGACUUUUGAAGUGAUUCCUCGUCUCUUAGACCGGCUUUGGUGUUAAUAAUUGAGCCAUAUAUGAAUUAAUGGGCCUGCCUGCUUCUAUACACUGUGUGUCCAGUGGUGUGUGUGUGUGUGUGAUGAAGAUGAAGAUGCAGUGCUGGCGGUAAUGACUGCUGAUGAUAAUUAAACUGAUUGUGAUUUCGAUCAGGACGAUUGGGGAUCUAACGAUGACGGUCGGAAGGGUGAUUGUUGAUGUGAAAAAGCUGAUUAGUAUUUUGAUUAUUAUGCUAAGUAUUUUGUGCAUUUUAAGCCUUUUUAUUCCUCAGGGAACUCAAAGGGUUUACAGACAUAAAGCACACAUGUACAAUAAACACUGUUAAAGAAUAUGAUAUAAACAAAUGUGGUUUGAAGAUGUUGGGCGAGAUGAUGAGGACCAAAAUGUGACGGGAACAGGAAGUUGCAGAGACCAGUUUAAUUCUACUUCCUGUUUGCACUGCUGUGGUUUCCUGUGUUUUCUGAUUGAAGGAUAUUAAAAUGGU